CUUUGCGGCGUGGAAGAGACUCGGGCCCGAACUUCGUCUAGCCCCCAGGCUCUUACGCUAAAAUCAUGCCCCAGUUCAAACAGCGAAGAAGAAAGCUAAGAGCCAAAGCCAAACGAUUAUUUAAGAAGAAAGAAGCCUCUCAACUCCAGCCUAAGUUACUGACACCUCCCCCUCCACCACCCACGCCAGAAAGAGUGGUUACUUCUUCAGCAGAUGUACUCCAAAGCAGAAGCUGGCUAAGACCUUCUUGGAACUUCAAAUUUCCCAACCUCAAAGAUAUAAUAAGCCUUUGGACAAAUAGAGCAUGGUACAUAUACAGUUUCUGCCAGAGCUGCAUAGCCCAGAGUUUCGAAGCAUUGAAAGAUGCCAUCUUCCCAUCCCGCGUCUACCACAGAGAACUUCACAGUCUAAAACAACAAUGUUGUGUUUUGAAAAGUGAAUUAUGCAAGCUCCAAGAAACACUGAAGACCAUUUCAGAAAAUUCUUGUUCAAGCUGUUGUCACACGUGUUGCAUGAGUGAUAAACUUACAAAUGUGCCUGGCUGUGUUCCAACAACCCAUGGAGAAUCUCAGACUGCACUUCCAUCCACGCUACCACAGCCAGCCAGUCAUCUGCCCCCGCCUCUGCCUCCGCCUCCACCUCCUCCUCCUCCUCCACCUCCACCACCCCUCGCACCUUUGCUGCUCAGAAAAUCUGGUCCUACUAAAGCACUUCAGGUUGAACCGUUAAAGAAAGAUGGACCCAUGCAUAUAACAGUUAAAGAUCUACUUACUGUAAAAUUAAAAAAGACACAGAGUAUUGAAGAACGGAAAAAGAUUGUGCCGUCGCCACCUGAGGAACGGACGCCACUAGUUACUAUCUCUGACCUGCAGCGCGUCACCCUGAAGCCUAACUGCAAGGUGUCAGCAACACGAGUUAAGAAUGUCUUAAUUACUCCUGGCAAAAGCCAAAUUGAUCUUCGGAAGCUGCUUCGGAGAGUGGAUGUAGAAAGGAGUCCAGGUGGGACACCCCUUACCAAUAAAGAAAAUAUGGAAACGGGAACUGGACUAACUCCAGUCAUGACUCGGGCCUUAAGGAGAAAGUUUCAGCCUGCCCCUUUUAUUAUAGAACAUCCUGAAGUUUCAGGUUCGGCGUGUCCGUACUUGAAAGCAGGGCUGCUAUCCUCAGAUCAGCGCACUGAGAGCAGACCCUAUCCGUUCCUGCCUGGUUCCCGCUGGACCCAGCUCAGCCCCGGAGCCUGUCGGGAGGGGCGACCAGGUGCCAGGUGCCGAAAGCGCACUGCUGAUCUGAUACGAUCUUGCCAGCGGGGCCUGGCAGAGAGGCCAGAGAGCUGCUAA